AUGGCUGGUGCCGAAGUUUCUGGAGAGUUUACCUGCUUGUUGGAAGCAGUGCGCGAAUUUCACGGUGUCUGGUUUCCUGACGAAGCACAGCCAAACUCAGUGCAAAGCUUUUGGUUUGGAGCAAACCGUCCUCGAGAUCGCAAGCUUUUCAAGCAAUUGUGUGAGAAAUUCUCCGGGCCUCUGCAUGCUGCUCAGCGGAUUCAUGAAACCGAGUCUGGCUCUUGUCUGCAAAGGCUAGACUUGGCAUCUCAAUUUCUAUUGGCAAUAUUUCUAGACCAGCAAUCUCGCAACCAACGUGCAACGCUGGACAGAUGCAAAGGCCAGCAAAGUGAGGAAGCAAGCAAGGUCGAGGAGCAGAUUGCCCUCUGCUCUACUAUGGCACGCGAACUUGCCGACAACAUCCUACAAGUUCAAAGGACGAGUGCCGACCUUAUGGAGGCAAUCGGUGCUACAGAGGCGCAAGUUUGCUUUUUCACGCUCGUCCUGAGACAUACCCAAAAUCUGGAUGACGUACGAACUGCGCAGCGUCUCCUCGACGAGCUGAGUUCGACCCACCUGGACGUCGUAGAUGCAUUUCGGCGACGGAACGCGGAAGUUUUGGUGCAGCUAGAGUCUGAAGCCUAUGUUCGUGAGGCUUUGGAAAGUCACACCCCUUGGAAAGCAUCUUGUGAUGGCUCGAGGCCAUCUGGUCAAUUUGCUACAGUUUGUUUGGCCAGUGCAUGUUUGGACACCUGUGGCUCGGUUUCUCCAAAUUGUCUUGCCUGGGCCAGCCGCUCGGACUGUUGGGAUGAACUUGUGUCUCAUCCGCUGUGUCAAGAGCUGCUUCGUGAGUUGAAGAGGCGCUCCUUAAUGACACCCGAGAGCCACGUAUUGCUCUCGUAUUCUGGUGGUGUGGACAGCACCGCUCACCUCCUAUUGUUGCUCGCCUUGAAGCGACGCUUCCAAAUGCCUCACAUUUCGUGUCUGAUGCUUUCCUAUCCAAACCGACAGGCAGAGGAAGUCGAAGCAGAGCAGCUGUGGGCCGCGUGGGUGUGCCACCAUCUUGGAGUUGAACUUUUCAUGUACGAGGUGUGUUUGGCACGUCCCCAUGCUGAUGUUCAUGGUGCUUGUGGACUUUCCCGCGAGGAUUAUGAACGCUCCACUAAAGAGAUUCGAUACAAGAUGUACCGAGCUCUUCUGUCAAACUCAGAAAAAUCAGUGGUAGUACUCGGGCACCAUCAAGAUGAUGUGGACGAGAACCGUCUCGAUCAUCUGAUGAAGGGUCACGUGCUUGGAGAUGUGGAGGGCAUGUGGGCUUGGCGUCAAAUCCAUGGCGUGCAGCUGUCCAGACCUCUGAUUCACAAACGAAAGAGCGACUUUCUGGGCUUGCUGCAAGCAUUUCCUACGCCUUUCUUUCGGGACUCGACUCCGCUUUGGUCCGUUCGAGGUGCUACACGGGCAGCCUUGGAUUCACUUCAACCCGAUGUUCGCGACUUCCUUGUCCUCAGGCUACAGAGCUUUGCUCAAGUCAGUCUUGAGGUGGGGAACCUGCUUGACCAGGCAGUGGACACGUGGGCGGAGGGCCACGUUCAGGUCUUGCAGCUGCCGCGGAGAGCAUGUGGCCUUGCGCUGGACUUGGAUGCGCUGUUCAGUUUGGAAGUGGGCAAUCGGCUGGCAGAUGUGGAGUCCAUCCUUUCCGAAAUCACACAGCUUUGGAACCCACUGGUGCCGAAAAGCGCAGGCAGAGAAUCUGGUGAAGACCAGACCGAGGGGCCGAAGGGGUCGUCAUCAAUAUCGACCAUACUAGACAACCCUUUCGAUGUUCCUGCGCUUCUCUUUGAACGAGGUUUUUUUGCAGCAGCACGGGAUCUGGUGUCGAAGCGGCUUGGUCACUUUCACAGCUCCGAGAUUAGUUCUGUCAAUCGCAAAGCUGUGCACCACCUCUUCGCCAACAUUCGGAAUUGCACGAAACCACACUUUAGUGGGGGCCUCUCGCAAGAGCUGGGCUACCUGCAUGUUGCUGGACCACGACAAGUUCUGGUCUUGUACGACGUCUCCGCACAUCCCGAAGUGGAUUUCAAGACACUCCGAACAAAUAUGCUUAGAAGUGUGAUGACUGCAUUUGGCGGCGACGAAAAUAUCGAGACAUUGGGCUUGGAGCUGCUGAUCAAGAGCACGACGUUGAUCCAGGCGUCAUGGCGGGGCAAGGUACGGAGACGCAUGUUUGUCGCCAUACGACUGUUCACUCGUCAUGUGCAAGCGUUGCUGCGGUCGAAGCAGGCUCGCACUGACCUUCAGAGGAGGAGGUCCGAGGACUGUGCCACGAAGCUGCAGGCUCACGCCCGAGCCAAGUUGGCACGGAUCAGGUACCAAAAUAUCCUGCGCAAGGUGAUCAAGAUUCAGGCUGUGCGAAGAGGGGUGCUUGGCCGCCGAUAUGCCAAAGAGCACAGGCGGCAUGUCAGCGCGGCCAGGCUGCAGAGUUUGGUCCGCACUCGACGGGAGCAGAGAAUCUACGACGCCCUGAGGCAGUCGAUCGUAUUUGCCCAGCAGCGUCUCCGCAUGCGCAAUGCAAAAGGGCAGCUCAAGAAGUUGAAGCAAGAAGCAAAAGAGGUUGGAGCCAUGAUGGCCAAGGCGCAAAAGGCACAAGAGCAGGCUUCCGAAAUGCGAAAGCACAACGAGGAAAUGGAGGCUCACCAACUUCAACUACAGUCAGAGAACAAGACUCUGUCGAAUAAAGUCAAGCAUCUCGAGGAGAUGUUGCAGCAGAUGCAGCAGCAAUUCGAGGACAUGAAGGCGCAGGCGGCUGAAGCUGCCAAGUUGGCUGCGGAUCAAUCCAAGACGGUGGUUGAGGCGGAGAAGAUGGAGGGUCUCAACAGCCAGCUGAGCCAGCGCGAUGAGGAGCUGGCCGGGCUUCGCAAAGAACUCCAGGAGAUGAAGGAGACCCACACCAAGCAGCAGGAGUCUCUCAAGUCAGCAGAGGCCAAUUACCAGCAGCUUCUCCGAAGCACUGCUAUGCAGUCCGUUGGUGCAAGUGCCGGCGCGCUCCUUGCGAACUAUUCUCUUUACUUGAGCAGCGGUCAAGGUUCAGGUCUCUGGGACCCGUUGGGGGAAGAGCAGAGCGCAAGUAGCUUUGCGAGCGGUCGAACCUCGCUGUCACGCGUGGAUCAUGCUCUGCGUCUUCUCAAAGCACUGAAGACGGCUCAGAUUGCAGUCCAGCGGCCUGUCGAUGAGUCGGCAGGCAAGCUGUCUGCCGCUUUCCCACCUUGGCUAAUUAUCACUAACGUUUCUGCUGUGUUUCUUGCUGUGUUGACGGAGGCCAUACUGAAGCCCGGCUCCAUGUCGGGAAAUCCCAGCUUGCAGCAUCCCCGAUGGGCUGCGUACAUGACUCUGCUAUCUUUGAUCUUCUGCUUGACGCAACUGUUGAAUGGGGUGCGUGCUUCUUUUGUGUUCUGUGGCUACUUGGUCAUUCUCGCACUUCUGGGCUUGCUGACAUAUAGAGAUAUUGUCUCCGGCUUCUCCCGGAUCGGUCCAUGGUUGCCGCAGCUGCAGCUCGUCAUCAUCCGUGGGAUAAGCAGCUCAGGAAUAAUGGAGUUCACUUUGUUGCGGAUGCUGGGCCGAACUCCCGAGAAAGGCACUGCGCGCUUGCGCCUGUACAGUGCAACUCUGUGCCUGGGAGCGAUUGUGGGAGCAUCGGCCACCAUAGCAACAGCAACGCCGGUGAUCAUCCAAUGGGCGAAGUGUCAUGACUUCAAGGUGCGUCCGCUGCUUUUGAUGAUGGUGGUAGCUGCGAUGUGUGGGAAUUCUGUCUUUUUAACGAGCAGUCCGGCGUCCAUUGCCAUCCGUGACGUGAUGUGUGUCGGAAAGGGCCGGACUUGUUCGAUCAAGUUCACCUCGCAGACACCUCUGGCUCUUCUCCAGGCCUUGGUUCUGGGAGUCUAUGCGAUGUUUGUCGGCGAUGUGCUCUCCAGAAAGGAUUCCGUCAAGCCUGAAUUGGUGCGCCACAGAACAGGAUAUAGCGAUCCAAAUAUCCUGCCUCCGACUCUGUCGCGGCAGAGCGCAAACCUUGAGGUAGCCUCUGACUCUUUUCGCAUCAGCUGGGAGGUUGAGAAGUUUCCGUAUGAGCUGGACUUCGUGGUUGUGUCCGGCUCCAUGGUCUGUGGCCACACCCUGCGCUCUGCUGGCUUCAUGAACUCCAAGGAGGUUCUCAUUCAGAGAAUCUCCAGGCUCCAAAGCCUCGCAGAUGAUGCGCAUCCGGAGAUAGUGUCUCAUUUGACAGCUCAGUUCGACCUGGACGAUUGGUGUCUGGAAGUAGACGACAUCAUCACUGCCAGAUGUUCUGCAGCGGGUGUUUGCAGCAUGCGCCGCUACCCGGGACUUUUCGUGAUGCGAGGACUGCACUGCCAUCACAUCCUGGGCGGACGACGUCACGAGAGGCGCCUCUAUGAAAGCGUAGUGUCACCGGGCAGCGAGCUGGUUGGAAAGAGCUUGGAGGAGCUGCUGGGGCUACAAGAGCUCUCGCAAGAGGAAUCAAGAAGCCAGGAGGAAUCAGAAGCUUGGAAGGCUCAGACGUCAGCUGACGCAUCUGAAGCAGACCGGUCCGAUGACCGCGAGGAGCUCUCAUCGCAGGUUGCAAUCAAGCCAACAGGCGCCGCGUCACGGCCGCUCCCGGGAUAUGUGGUCACUCGGUUCACUCCUGUCAGGCGAGGCGUGCUGGCAAUCGUGGCCUUCAUUACUGCGAUGGUGCUGGACUCCUGCUUAGAGGGAGUGCUAGCACGCGGCGUGCCUCAGGACAACUGGCAGAGGACUGACCGACGGGACUGCGACAUGUCUUCGAUUGCCAAAGUUGAGGAGAUCCUUGACUGGAAUUCCUGCCUGACGAUUGGCUGCGGAGAGGCGAUUUUCAUAGCCAUUCGCCGCAGCGGGCUGGUGACGGCACUGGCUAAGCUCAUUGCGCAGAUCGGCGCAAUCGGAGGCAGCCCCUUGCAGCUCUGCAUACUGUCGAUGACAGCGCAGCUGGCGACUGCUUGCAUUUCCCCAACACCGGCAGGCCUGCUUAUCGCAAACGCAGCGCUUGUGACGGACAGCGAGUACCACCAGUUAAAUUCCGAGCAGCUCGUUGUUCUGGUCAUGAUCUCGUGCAACAUGGUGCUGAAUGUCCAGAUGCCUGAUGAUCUCAUGCGUGGGAAGAAACGGAGUUUUAGUGUUCGCCACUUGCUGUUUUGGCAACUUCCAGCUGCUGCUCUGAUCAUGGUGCUGACUGUGGUGUGGCCUGUCUCCUGCGCGCAUGAGCUUCAGAAGAACGGCUUCUCUGAAACUACAGGUGCACUCGCUUUCUCUCGCUUGCGAAGGAUUUGGAAAAAAGAGGGGCUCUCGCAUCUAACGUAUGCUGAGGUCGGCGCAGCGGCCACAGGCAAAACAACGAUGCUGGGGUCGCUGAUACAGGAGAAUGAUCCAGGGCAGAUGUCCAACUUCGAGGAGCAGAGGAACAACCUUAUGGUGCAUCAUCAGUUCCAGAUAAGCGGCCGCCCGCUGAAAUUCCUGGAUUGCUCCGGCAACGACCGCGCGGCGCACUUGGUGAAGGAAUGGUUUGCUCGCACACAGUGGGUCUUCGUGGUCUACAACUUGACCGACACCAGGUCCUACGAAAAAGCUUUGACAUUGGUUACCGAAGCCCGGCAAGCUGGGGCCAGUGUCGUGCUGUUUGCCAACAAGUUCGAUGUCAAUCAGGGCAAACCAGUCGAGGUGCCAGCUUGUCGAGAGCAUGACAUUGGAAAACACUCGCACCACGGCACGUGCUUGCGCUAA